GGCCCGCCCAUGCCCAUGGCCGUGGACUUGUGCGCGUCCAAUUCAUGGAAUUGGGCAACGUCUUGGACGUGGACCCGCCUGUGGCCGUGAUCACGCUCAUGGCCAAGGACGAGUCCGUGACCGAGUACAUGGACGCGAUCUGGAACAAGAUCAGGGCCUUGGGCCUGUACUUGACCGUGGCCUUGUUCAUGAUCGAGGGCCCGACCGUGCGCUUGUCCAAGGCCGAGAACGUGGACACGAUCAAGCACCAGUGCGAGGCCGCGGCCCAGAC